CAAAGCUCAGAUCCACCCAGACUUGCACACACCUCUCUGGGUUUAACAGGCUCCCAGGGGGUGGGAGGAGGAGGUGGAGAAACCUUGCUGUACAUUUCAGCUGCUCUCUCUCUCUCUCUCUGUACAAAGUCAGACUCCCCUUUCCGACGCAGGGCAGAGUCCAGGAAGUAAGGGUGAACUUCAGAAAUCCCUAGCUGCUGUCUGCCAUGCCUGUCCUCAGUUUGUUGCUGCUGUUGGUGAAUUCUGCCGUCGCUCUGUCUUCCACAGGUUAUUUCUGGCACAUCACCGAUGUGCACUGGGAUCCUGAUUACAGUGUUACUGACAACCCAUCGGCUGUGUGUCCUUCUUCAUCAGAGCCCGUGAACAAUCCAGGGAGGUGGGGGGAUUAUCUUUGUGACUCUCCCUGGACUCUGAUCAAUUCAUCGAUCUACGCCAUGAAGGCUAUCUUCCCCCGUCCUAACUUCAUCAUUUGGACAGGAGAUGACACUCCGCACAUCCCUAAUGAACAACUCAGUGAGGAAGCAGUGCUGAGGAUAAUUGGGAAUGUCUCACAGCUCAUACAGCAAGUCUUCCCAGACACCAAGGUUUAUGCAGCAAUGGGGAACCAUGAUAUUCAUCCAAAGAGCCAGUUUCCUGCGAAUGGCCAUGUGCUCUACAAUCAAACUGCAGAGCUGUGGACCCAGUGGUUGGAAGCAGCAUCAGUUCCCACUUUCCAGAAAGGUGCUUUCUACACAGAGAAGCUACUCCAUCAGGAAGGACAGCGAAUGAUCGUCCUGAACACAAACUUCUACUACAACAAGAAUGCACUGACGGUGGAUCUCAGUGACCCUGCUGGCCAGCUCCAGUGGUUUGAUGAAACCCUUUCAAGAGCCUCCACAGCGGGAGAGAAAGUUUACAUCAUUGGGCAUGUACCUCCUGGAUUCUUUGAGAAGAAAAGGGGAACACACUGGUUCCAGGAAAAAUUCAACAAAAGGUAUAUCGAAAUCAUCCAAAAACACAGCCAAGUGAUAGCAGGACAGUUUUUUGGACAUCAACACCGUGACAGUUUUAAAAUCUUCUACUCCAAUGACGGUUCUCCCAUCAGUGCCAUGUUUAUUGCUCCGGCAGUAACCCCUUGGAAAACCACAUUAGCCGGCUUACAGAAGGGAUCACAAAACCCCGGGAUUCGCCUCUUUCAAUAUGAUGUACACACUCUGCAAAUCUUGGAUAUGGUGACCUAUUAUUUGAAUUUAACUUUGGCCAAUACCCAGGCUCCACUUUGGGAAGAAGAAUACCGUUUAACAGAAGCCUUCCAAGUACACGAUGGAACAGCUGGAUCCAUGCAAGCUGUGCUGGAUAAAUUGAGCCAGGACAAAGAUUAUUUGCAGAAAUAUUACGAAUACAAUUCAGUUAGUUACGACUUGGGUGAUUGUGAUGACUGGUGCCGGACUGAUCACAUUUGCGCAAUUAGAGAUGUCGAUUAUGCAAGGUACAAAAAUUGUAUCAAAUCUGAAGGAUCAUCCACAAUUAAUGAAAUGCAUUUGCUGUUAUGCUUUUUUGUGCUGUUGUGCAGCAUGUUCUUUCCUUGCAACUUCACUUAAAUGGAAUUUUACCUCCUAGCAUGCAAAUUACUUCUUUUGAUUUUACUGUUGAUUUAAUGGCAAAAUAGUGAGAUAAAGGUCACAUGGAGCUUUAACACAGGAUAGACCUUUUGGGUCAAAAGUCUUCUUUAACUGGUUCAAAUUCUGUACUCACAUACAAGCUCCCCAUACGCAGUGCAUGAAGGCACCACCAACUUUAAUAUUCGAACAGAGAUGGUUUCAGCCUCAGCUCUUGAACCGAUGGAUGUUUUGUCCACCUCAAACAUCGAGUGAAAACUGAAGAUUGUCUUCUCAAAAGAUGCAACUGCAGGAUUCCAUAUAUAAGCAAUGAGCUUCAUUUUCACACCUAGAACUCAAGUCAUUUUCCAAUUAUAGAUCAACACAUAGAUUCAGCCACUGCUCUUGAUGAUAUAAAAUGUACCUGCAAAUGUUCAAGUAUUUCUUUCAGGGGAGCUGUUGACUCAGUAUUGUACAUCAGCUAUUUUAGUCCAGACAAAACCAGAUGGCAGCUGUCACUUUGUCAAAUAUUAUGGGACUAAGGCUCAAUUUUCUUGAUGAUUUGAACUAGAAUAAAAGCCUUUUUUUUUUGCAAAAAAAAAAAACACAAUUCCAGUUGGCAUCUUCCUUGAAGAACAUUCUCAGAUGCUGAAGGUGGUGAACUCCACUCCACCCAAAUCCAAUGAAUAAUCAAGUGAUGGAGAGCCAUUAAAAAACUCCAAUCUUAUGCAGAACACAUCUGUUAAGAUUCUCAGAAGAUACGGGGUGGCCACAACAAACCCAGCGCUAUAUUAUGAGCACUACCAGGUUCAAACCAUUUUGAUUUGUGAGAUUCAUCCAGCAAUAUAACCAUUGCUCCGGGCUGAAGUCAAACCCCACCAUCAGAAUUUGUCAAUUGAAUUCAAUAAAUAGUACAUAUCCUUCAUAAGCUAUGAUCAGUAUUGAUGACCAUGAACCAAUAGUAUUGUAAUAUCCUGUCAUGUUACAGAGU